GGUCAAAGGUCAUGUACAAGCAGGUUGUUUGAAUGUUGUUUGACUUUGCGGUGAGGUUGGCGUGGCUUCCAUGUUUCGACGCGUUUUGUGUUAAACUAACGCAGUGAUACACGAUAAGAUUACGGUUUUUUGGGCUAGUAUAGCAGUGCUAGCGUUGUGUUUAUGUGUGUAAUAAACAUUAAGCUUGGCAGCAUGCAUGUGUUCAGAAAGCUGAUGUGCGGUGUGUCUCUCAGGCUGAAUAAACACGCAGGGGGUGCCAAAACUUUCAGCACUUCUCCCAGCCUUCAGUCUGUAAUGCAAGCCUGGGUGAUUGAUAAAUACGGAGACAACAGUGUGCUAAGAUUCACCAAAAACGCUGCUUUUCCUAUUAUACACUACCCAAACGAGGUGAUCAUCAAAGUGCACGCAGCUGGACUCAACCCCCUGGAUGUCAACAUGAGAGGAGGUUACGGUGCUGCCACUCUGGCCAUGAAGCGCGACCCUCUGAACAUCAACAAGUCCGGCAGCGAGUUUCCUCUGAUCCUGGGCCGUGACGUCUCGGGGGUGAUCAUGGAGUGCGGCCUGGACGUGGGUUACUUCAAACCGGGAGACCAGGUCUGGGCUGCGAUUCCUCCGUGGAAGCAGGGCAGCUUGGCCGAGUUCGUGGUGCUCAGCGCUAACGAGGUGUCUCACAAGCCCAAGUCGUUGAGUCACACAGACGCGGUGUGUCUCCCGUACGUCGCUGCUACGGCCUGGUCGGCUCUCGUCAACACGGGCGGCCUGAACAAAGACAACUGCUCUAAUAAACGAGUCCUGGUGCUCGGAGGCUCGGGUGGAGUCGGAACGUUUACCAUACAGCUGCUGAAGUCGUGGGGCGGUCACGUGACGGUGACGUGUUCCCAGAAUGCCGAGCGGCUGGUGAGGAGUUUAGGAGCUGAUGAUGUCGUGGAUUACACCAGCGGGCCCGUGGAGCGGAAACUGCAGGCUCUGGAGAAGUUUGAUCUGAUUCUGGAUAACGUCGGUGGAGAGGCGGAGAAAUGGGCGCUGGAGCUCCUCAAGCCCUGGUCCGGCGCGAAGUAUGUUACCUUGGUAACGCCGUUCCUGCGCAACACCGACCAGCUCGGCCUCGCCGACGGCAUGAUGCGGAACGCCGUCACCAUAGCAACCAAGGCACUGAAGCACCUGACUAAAGGCGUCCACUAUCGCUGGGGGUUCUUCGCUCCGAGCGGCUCUGCGCUGGACGACGUGAGCGAAAUCGUGGACGCAGGAAAGAUCCACCCGGUGCUGGAGGAGAAGUUCUCCUUCUCUCAGGUCCCUCAGGCAAUGCAGAAAGUGGAACGGGGCCACGCCCGCGGCAAAACCGUAGUCGCCGUCGCCGAGGCGCAGGACGAGUGACCACAGCGAGGAAAUCAGGUCUGCUCACCGAGGACAGGUCCGUCUCCAUGGAAACGGAGACCAGCGAUCCGGAUUACACCCGAAGGCGAAUGACAAAAAAAAACAACAAAAAAACGAAAAA